AUGCUUGGGAAUCAGCACAGAGAACAGGAAGAGCUGAUCGAGCAACUUCAAGUAGACAAGGAUAUGACAGAAUCUGAAGCAACGGCACAAAUUGAUCGCCUUCUUAUGGAGAUUCAAGAGCUUAAUACAACCAAAGUGUCUAGCGACAAAGAAAAAGAGAAAAGGAUGAGAGCAAUCUUGAGAAGGAAACUCAAGUUAAUUGAACAAUGGAAACAAAAAUUGGAGUCAAUGCACAAUAAACACGAGAAGUUGAAAGGUGACCAUGUGAACUUACGGGAUGACUUUUCAAAAUUGAAUCAGGAAAAGCUCAAACUGACAAACUUCUCUAACGGACUAUUGCAAAAGGAAGCCGAGGCUGAUGCAAUCUUAAUGAAGGAAAAGGCCAACUUGGAACACUGUGCAAUGCUUGGGAAGAGACAACAAAAGGAAAAACCAGUAGAAGCAGAGAAAGAGCGUGCUGCUUUGUUGCAGUCGCUGCAAACAGCCCUUGCGAACUCUCCGGAGCCCAUUCCACCCUUCCUUGCGAGCAUGAAUCCGUCACCUGUUGCAAGCACGUCUUCAUUCACCUCGGCGCAGCCCAUUUCUAGCCUGAAGCCACCACCAGUUGCCAGCCAGAAGCCGCAUUCCAAGCAUAACGAGAAAGCUUAG